CCCCCCCCAGAGCGGAGAUACCCAAGGUACUUCCCUCCUUUCUCCCCUCCACUCCGCCAGCUUCUCCUUCUUCAACCUCGCACCCCCCAUCUCUUACGAGCCUGUUCCCCAUCGAGUCUGUUGCCACGACUCUCUCUCCCGACAAGUCCUCUUCAGCCUUUUCUAAUCGUGAGCUCCUGCUGCCCGUCGCAACCAUCCCUCUCCCUGAGCUCUGUUGCUAAAUCCUUCGUCCCCAACCAGCUUCUCAACCGUAAUCAGCAGCCAUGGAGGAAGAAGUUGCGGCCCUCGUCAUCGACAAUGGGUAAGCUUCCCCGCUGUCUCACCGCCGCCGAUUCUCCCGCCUCGGCUCGCCGCGUGUCCGCCUCAUUGCCGGCGCGGCGCGGCGCGGUGACCACUCAAUACUUGGCGGCGAUGACGGCGAGCGCUGCGCACAAUGGGCCUCCAGAUGCAGACGGACUGACCUCGACGAUAGUUCGGGCAUGUGCAAGGCCGGCUUCGCCGGUGAUGACGCCCCCCGAGCUGUUUUCCCCUCCAUUGUCGGCCGCCCCCGCCACCAUGGGUAAGUUUCGGGCGCCGUCUCGCCUCGUCUGUGGUCCCGGGCAUGUCUAAUUUGGCGACAGUAUCAUGAUUGGCAUGGGUCAAAAAGACUCGUAUGUUGGUGAUGAGGCUCAGUCGAAGCGUGGUAUCCUGACGCUCCGAUACCCCAUCGAGCACGGUGUCGUCACCAACUGGGAUGACAUGGAGAAGAUCUGGCACCACACCUUCUACAACGAGCUGCGUGUCGCACCCGAGGAGCACCCCGUCCUGCUCACCGAGGCUCCCAUCAACCCCAAGUCCAACCGUGAGAAGAUGACGCAGAUCGUCUUCGAGACCUUCAACGCCCCCGCCUUCUACGUCUCUAUCCAGGCUGUCCUGUCCCUGUACGCCUCUGGCCGUACCACGGGUAUCGUCCUGGACUCUGGUGAUGGUGUCACCCACGUCGUCCCCAUCUACGAGGGUUUCGCUCUGCCCCACGCCAUUGCCCGUGUCGACAUGGCCGGUCGCGACUUGACCGACUACCUCAUGAAGAUCCUGGCCGAGCGCGGCUACACCUUCUCCACCACGGCCGAGCGCGAAAUCGUCCGCGACAUCAAGGAGAAGCUCUGCUACGUCGCCCUCGACUUUGAGCAGGAGAUCCAGACUGCCGCCCAGAGCUCCAGUCUGGAGAAGUCGUACGAGCUGCCCGACGGCCAGGUCAUCACGAUCGGCAACGAGCGGUUCCGCGCCCCCGAGGCCCUCUUCCAGCCCUCUGUCCUGGGUCUUGAGAGCGGCGGCAUCCACGUCACCACCUACAACUCCAUUAUCAAGUGCGACGUCGACGUCCGAAAGGAUCUGUACGGCAACAUUGUCAUGUCUGGUGGCACCACCAUGUACCCUGGCCUCUCCGACCGUAUGCAGAAGGAGAUUACUGCUCUUGCUCCCUCGUCCAUGAAGAUCAAGAUCAUCGCCCCCCCCGAGCGCAAGUACUCUGUCUGGAUCGGUGGUUCCAUUCUCGCCUCGCUGUCGACGUUCCAGCAGAUGUGGAUCUCGAAGCAGGAGUACGACGAGAGCGGCCCCUCCAUCGUCCACCGCAAGUGCUUCUAAGCGUGCCAAACCGAACCGAGACCCUCUCCAAGUUGCGACAAGGCCAUUGCCGACGCGUCCUCGGCCUCGCGAGCGUCCCAGCCUGGUCUCAUUUCUACCAAAAAGUCUUUCAAAGGGUCAAGGGGUUGGUUGUCUGUUGGGAUCACGGCUUACCCAUGUUGCGACAGGCUGGGUAAUGGGGUUAAGGCAGAGCUGAGGUGAUAUUCUGAGUACUCUUAUCUGCGUUCGUCUAGACUCGUAUAACGGAGGUGACGAUUGUAUCAAAUGUGUGAAGACACGUGAAGACGGUGAAGUUGGUUCUCGUGACAGUGGACUGUCAGGGCUUGCAUGCAGCACGGUGGCGCCUGGAGACGACUAGUAGUUCAAGGUUUGUCUUUGCUUGUGCUUGUGCUACUUAAAUCUACUACUAUAGACUG